AUGAAUUACGUGACAAAGCAGUCGCGGUCCGAUAUGAGACGCACACUUGUUCAUCUUUUGUCACUGACCUUAAUAUACAGUUGUCGUGGAAUUCAAGCUGAGGAUUCGGAAACAUAUUUAAGCCGCUUUAUUGCAGACUUAUGGCUAGAAGGAGCUGAUAUUUUGAAAAUAAUUUGGCGGGAUUGCUCUAAAAAGUUAUUGGACGUGAAGGGUAUUAUUGACCGCAAGGAACACUUUCCUAAGUUCAUUGGAUGCAUGAAAAUAAAGACUUUACAAGCUCUUGAUCGAUCUCUUAGUUCAGAUGUUGUACCAAUAUCGGAUGGAAUCAACUUAGUGCGAUUUGAGCUGGUUGAUGGAUCUGGCAAUGCAUUACCUAUUAAUAGUUCCAGCACAUGGACGGAAAAAGAACUAGAUGAAGGAGAAUGGAAAAUUCUUGCCUUGCGCCGUAUAGCAAAAGUACUUCGGACUCACGUAAUAAAAUUUGAUUUUGAAGACACAAAAAUCGUUGAUACAGUUGAAUCUCGUGGACGUCGGCGUCACCAUAUGAUGACAAUGAUGAUGUUCGGUAUCGUGUCAAUCGGUAUGGUGUUGAUUCCAAUGGGUUUUCAAUUCCUCGCAGUACUCGGAGGAAAAGCUCUACUUUUAGCCAAAAUGGCACUUAUACUUGCUUCUAUACAAGGACUUAAAAAAAUUGCUCCUACUCCGCUGAACUACGGAAUUUAUCAUCCUUACCCUUACGAUCACUUCGAAAAAAGAAGCAUUCAUAAUUUGAAAUCACCAGAUAUUUCGCCACAAACCACAUUACCAUCAAUGACAAUUUAUAGACCAGGGCCGAACUCUGAUAUGAUAAAAACAAAAUUGAAUAGAGUACAAGUUAAAACAAAUGAAGAAAACCUGAAAGAGUCAGUAAAUUCUAAUUCAGAAAUAUCCGAAGAAUCAAGGAAGAACUCUGAGGCCAGAAUUUUCCCAGUUUACCCCGGACCUUCAACUUCGGAAUUAACUGUUAUUGAUGCACCGAUUUCUUUCGCAGACUUGGCAACGAGACCAGGAGAGGUCCAAGCGGAUUACACUUUAGAUUUGCCGUAUAAUAGAUUUCGCUUUCAAAGUCCCACUACUAUCGUUUCAUCUUGA